AUGUGGAGGCAAGCCGGCGCUCGCCUGUCGCUGGUUGCGCGCCAAUCGCUUCAGCGCAGCCGCUCCGCCGCGCUCCCCGCAUGGAAUAGCCUCGUUGCAGAGAGUGCGCCGGCUGGUGCGGGCCGGAGCGUUACAGACAGGCUCGUUCACAGCGGAUGGCUCUCCCAGACCCCCUUCGCCCUCCGCGCAGCCUCCCCCGCAGUGGCCACGAAGGACGUUUCUGAUGAUCUGGAGCAUGCUACUGGACUCGAGAGGGAGGAGCUGGCUGCUGAGCUGGAGGAUGCUCCUGCGAUUGUGGAGGCUCAGUUCGACGAGCGUCUCGUUGGCUGCUCUGGCGGGGUUGGCGGUGAGUGA